AAAUAGAAUGUCUAUUGCAUCUGAAGACGGAGGUGGUCUAGAUUUUCUCGGUGGAGAUAGAAAGGCGCACAUCAGAGAAGAGUCGAAUGGAUCUGCACUUCAAGACGGUCAAUCCAGUGUCCUUUCGGAUCCCAUCUCAGCCAACAACGUGCUGAAUGGAGACGCCAGCUUGAUAGCUGUAGAUAUCUCAGAUGCCGUUUCAGAAAGCAACAAAGUCAAAUUCACAAUCCACACUAAAACCACGCACAAAGCCUUUGCUAAAAAGGAAAUAUCUGUCCAGAGAGAACACGAAGAGUUCAUUUGGCUUCACGACACACUCAAAAGCCAGGAACAAUACGCCGGAUAUAUCAUUCCCCCGGCACCUCCAAAACCUAAUUUUGACGCAUCACGGGAGAAACUGCAAAAGUUAAGCGAGGGGGAGAAUGUUAUGACGAAGGAGGAGUUCACCAAGAUGAAACAGGAGUUGGAAGCUGAGUAUCUGGCGACGUUUAAGAAAACAGUUGCAAUGCACGAGAUGUUUCUUCAGAGAUUAGCGAAGCACAGUAUAUUCCAGAAUGACCACAGCUUUCAGGUGUUUCUGGAGUACGAGCAAGACCUGAUGGUGCGAGUGAGAAGCAAGAAGGACGCACUCCAGGGAUUCAUCAAGGGCAUGUCCAAGUCCAUAGACGAAAUCGUGCUAGCCACCCAGAAGGACGUGGACCCGUUUUACGAGGAACAGAAGACUAGUCUGGUGGAGUACAGUAGGAGAGUGACUAUUGCGGCCAGACAUUCUGAGCUGGUAGUGUGCGCCAUGAAAAGAGUCUCCAAUUACCUGCUCAAAAUAGCCGUCGUAUUCGGAGAUCUCGCAACUAUGGAGGGACCCGAAAUAAAUAAGUUUCAUCAGAUGCUUGCCGAAAUCUUCGAAAAGUUACGGAAGCUGGAAGCUAGGGUGAGCAGUGACUCAGACCUGAAAUUAGCAGAUUUACUGAAGUAUACGUGUGCAGAGACGGCAGCUGGCACUGAGUUGAUGUACAGACGCACCAAGGCAUUGGUGGACUACGAGAACGCCAACAAGGCUCUGGAGAAGGCGAGGCUGAAACCAACACCUCAAGACAAGAGUCAGACGUUGGAGGCCCAGCAGGAAGCUGCAUGCGAGAAGUAUGAAAAAAUAACCGAGUUGGGCAAAUCAGAAUUGAAAGAUGUUCAACAGCGCAAAGUAGGGGCCUUCGGAAAAUACCUGAUCGAAUACAGCGAAUUAAUGGUCAAGCAUUCUAAGGCCGAGUGUUCAUUAUUGGAAUCUGCUAUAACUGCCCUUAAAGGCUUGUAACCGAGUCUUCAGGAAAACCGGAAAUUGACCCGAUAAAUCAAAGAAAUCACACCACAAAACAGCCCAUACCUGAAGCCUUGAUAAAUUUAAACUAUAGUACAGAUAGAUCAAGAGAUGGCUAGAUUUGUUCAUGUACCAACAAACAUUUAACUGCUUUCUUGAUUUGAUAUAAGUUGUUAAUCUGAUUGUGUUCCAAUGUAAUGCUGAAAAGAACCAACUGAGAAAAGAGAGCUCAUCAUCUUUAAGGAUCUAGAAAAUGCUCAUGUCAUCGGUACCACAAGAUAAGAUUGUGUUGAUCUGAGUAAAGAUUAUUGUGACCGUAGAGAAAAAACAGUAGGUAUGGCCGUUUGAACUUGGUGCUUAUAUCUGCAUUUCGCUUAGAUUUAUGAAAUCAGCAGCGGGUACAAAGGGGGUGUGUUAUACAGGCAUCGAACAUGUGUUUCAAG